UUAGACCACCCGGAUUGGAUGGACAUGGGGAACUUGUCAGGGAUGAGGUUUUGCAUGCGGGUUAUGUCCGACCUGCUGCUGCUGGAAGUCGUCUUCAGAACCUUCGGUUUUUCGGCGAAAGAAUGAUCCUCUCUUCGCUGCUUUCGCUGAGUCCUCCGGACGACUACGAGGUCUCGUGGGACCAAUUAAUCUUGCAAGAGGUUCUCGGGGAAGGAGCUUUUGGUGUUGUUCGCAAGGCCCACUUGAAGUUGAACAAGAAGAAUCGAGCCCAGUUGGUGGAACAGGCUGCAUUACCCGAGAGCAGGACUAGGCAUCAUCAUCUGCCGCACCGGUCGAAAGCUGGUAUUGAAGUUGUUGCUGUCAAGAUGCUCAAGGAUGGAGCCGGUUUGGAGGAGUACCAGCAGCUCAAGAACGAAAUGGAGGUCCUCAAGAUGAUCAACCAUCACCCGAACGUGGUUGGAAUCCUGGGUGCCGUCACGCAGACCCGGCCGAUGGCUUUGAUAGUGGAACAUUGCCCUUUUGGCGACUUGCACACCCAGCUGCGACGCAUGGCUGAAAAAAUGGAGCUUGAGAAGGCCAGGAAAAUUGCUGAAGCGACGGAACGCAAGGGCAUCGUGUACACCGAGUUCCGCUGCAACGCUUCCGACAGCUCGGGCUAUGAAGGAUGUGAGAGUGAGACUUCAUCUCCACCGUCUACGCCUCCACUAAAUAUUCCUGCUGGCUCUGCCAUGGUGCAUAAUGAACUGUACGAAGGCAGUCUGGAUAAUCCCCAACUCGUCAUCAACAGUGGUGGUGAAAACAUAGUCUGCGAAAACUACGAAGUGGCGAUCGAUAAUGCACCGCAGAAUGCAGUGGACGAGAUGCGAACUCCUUCCGAUUUAUUGUCCAUUGCCAGGCAAAUCGCUGCUGGAAUGACAAGAUUGUUGUAUAGAACGGUGGACGGACUUCUCGCCGGAGCUCAGAUUUAUUCGUUGAUGGUUGAGUGCUGGAAACUCCCGUCUGCCGAAAGACCCUUUUUCACUGACCUCAAGGUCAGUUUGGACAAGAUGCUUGAGGAUUCCACGACCGAGGAGUACCUUACCCUGAACCCAGAUCCAGUCAGUUUGGACAAGAUGCUUGAGGAUUCCACGACCGAGGAGUACCUUACCCUGAACCCAGAUCCAGUUCCCAGAGAAGACUUCGAUUAAAUGUCCAGAUGUUUCCUCCUCUGAAUUACUUGAUUUCCUUCAACAAAAACCUUCUCUGACGACAACGUUUUCGGUUGUUUUUUUUUUGUGCGUGAAUAUAUUUAUUUUUUUGGUUGAAGAAAUCUCGUGAUUUUUGAACGGAAGGCGAGGGACAUGACAUUGUCAGAACGAGGCCAGUGCUGCCGGAGGCACAAAUGGGAGAAAAGUGUGAAGUUUCGGGAGGGGAUUGUGCAAUUAUCUAUUAAUUAAGUGCAAUUAACUGUGAAUACGGUUCCAGGAAGGAAAGGGCUUCGCGGGUUGCAUCGUGAUGGUUCUGCUUUCGAAAGUGACAAAAAAAAGUACAAUAUGUGAAUCUCGCAAUUUUCGAUAUGAAAUUCAUGUUCUCUUUCAAUCUUUCGAAGGGGUGUUCAGAUUUUUUUUUUUUUGCGGAAGUCAUGAAAUGAAUCGAUUUGAGCAGUUAGUUUGUUUGAAAAUUGAAAGAUGAAGGUGUGUUGAAUGAAGCGUAUCACGCGGGUGUUCUUUUUUCUCGGCUUAUUUUCUGCAGCUCAGAAAUAUAAAAUAAACAUCGGUUCAUACGAAA